ACUGUUCAGGAAGCCUGUGUUAAACAUUCCGCGAGCGAAUGAAUCUUUUCUCUGUCUGUAUUUUUGCGAUAUUAUAUAUUUAAUAUGCAUCGUAAGAGUACAUUUUACGCUUAAACUUCCACCAGCCUUGUCAUCGCGUUCCGAUUUAACAGCAGUUAUUAAGUAGAAAUGAGUUUGUUCUAAAAUGGCAAAGUCUGACUCUGGUUCGAUGUUACUGUGGUGUGGUGUUACCGCGGUACGUACGGUGUUUCUCAGCGUGUAGGUAAAACAGGCUGAGGCAGGAAGCGCCCGCUUUCUCUCUGACUAGUGACUACUUCCCACAAGUUCACAAGACUCGAGAGCAGCUGGACUCGAAGUAGAAACGCUCCUAAAAAUGACCCUGCAGAGCUAAACAUAAUAAACAUAACAUAAUAACAGACAUAUAAGUACGUUUAUCGAUGUAAUAUCUAGUGAGAUGCUUUGCUAUUUUCAUUAGCUGCGAUUCGUGGACCGCGUCCGGACAGGAACUGCCGUUUCUCGUAAGGAGCUCGAGAGAAGUUGCGAGCGGCGGCGGGAGCGCGGACACGCGGGCGCGAGAGCACGCGGCGGACGCGCUCCGUGACACGCAGCUGCCCUUUGUUUGGGACGAUGCUGUGAAGAAGAUUACUUUGGUAUGCGAGGCAUUUCCGUGUGGCUCUUUCCAACAGGGAAUUUACGGUGUGAGUGACAAUGACUUGGAGGAAGACAGAAUCCCUUAAAAGUUCAAUAGGCUUUGAGUCGGCAAUGGAUAGCACACAGGUCAUGAGGCCUGGGCUGGAGAUCAAGCUGGUAUCACUGCUUGUGCUGUUGUUCAUGACAUUUUUAUGUGGCACCACUGCCUUAUUCAUUAUCAGAGGGAGGGGGAGAUGUCACGCUGACCCAGAAACCCGACGCAAAGCUGUAAGUUUGGUGAGUUGCUUUGCCGGUGGAGUCUUCCUGGCCACUUGUUUUCUGGACCUGGUGCCUGACUACUUGGUGGAGAUCAGCAGGGCCUUCAACAACCUUGGAAUCACAUUACAGUUCCCUCUGCCUGAAUUCAUCAUGACCAUGGGCUUUUUCCUGGUUCUAGUGAUGGAGCAACUUGUCCUAGUCUUUAAGGAUAAAUCAGGAGGUUCUGCAGGAGAGAGACAGGCCUUACUGGUGGAGUCCAGCAACCAGUUACACAACAGAGAUAUUCUGGGCUAUAACCAUGUGCACUGUCCGCUUAUCCAUGGUAUUGAGGAAUCAACCAGGAUAAGGGAUCCUAGUGGAGAAGGAGUUCACCUUCAUGUUGACUUCAACUCUCAUUCUGCGAUCCGCUCCUUUAUCCUGGUGUUUUCACUUUCACUCCACUCCAUGUUUGAGGGUCUGGCAAUUGGGCUUCAACAGAAUGUUGAGCAGGUGCUAGAGAUCUGCAUGGCACUGCUGCUUCACAAGAGUGUGGUAUCGUUCAGCCUGGUACUGAAGCUUACCCAAGGCCAGCUUCGGCAGACUGUAAUUAUGGGGUGCCUACUGCUCUUUUCUUUCAUGUCACCUUUGGGCAUAGGACUGGGCAUUGUUCUCAGUGAGUACCACUCCACCCCACAGCAUCAGCUGGCACGAUCCACUUUGGAAGGUUUAGCAGUUGGGACCUUCAUUUAUGUCACCUUCAUGGAAAUCUUGCCUCAUGAGCUGGGCUCCCCACAAAACCGCAUCCUGAAAGUGACGCUACUGCUCACUGGGUUUGCACUGGUUACGGCAAUCCUCUUUAUAAAGAUCUAGAGCCCCCCUCCUUUAUUUGACUGCAAAGAAAAGUUUUGAAAUACCAGUAAACAAGUUUGUUUAUAACCAUGUGAAAUCACAUCCAUGAAAAGUGUAUUUUAAACCAUACUUUUAAUUAAA